GACUCUUGGAGAGGUAGUACCAUGCAAUCUUAUUUGACGUCGAACGGUGCCGAGAACUGGGGGAACUGGGGAGAGGGCGACGAUGAUCUCACCUUGAGCACAAUCGCUACGAGAGAGCUCAAACUCGGGGUUUGGGCACAGGGAUGGAAGGUAGACUGCCAGCCAGUUUACCAACGAACAAGCUGAUGUGGAAAACCAGUGGGCUGUUCCUUGGGUGCGGUCGGGGUCGUGCUCGGACUUCGGGAACAGCGGCCAGGAAUUCAAAUGUCCCUCAAAGUCCACCAACAGAUGCUGAAGUUGACCGAGCGGACGCGGAGCUGCUCUCGAUGGAAUUCGGACGCGAGGAAAUGCAGCUUCGAACAACGCUGGCACUUCUUCAGAUAUUUCACGCACAUACCUCCUUCCAACUAUUGGCUUUAGAAUACCUGCUUCUCCCACCCAGUGAGAGAUCGAAUAAUACGAUUAAUCCUGUACCGAAAGAUAUUCUGGUGCUUGAACUUGGACUAUUCAGCUCAAUUGACGAAAGAUACUGUAUCUAGAGUGGUUGUUAUCGGAGUAUGGUGGGUGGUACAACGCUUCUGAACAAACGAAGCUGGGAUUUUUUGGGUGCUGUAUUUAGAUACGGAUGUUGACGCAUUGGACGCUGGCAAUUAUAUACCAAAACAAC